CGAGACGCCCCCUUAAGAAAGAGUUCAGGAGAAUCAAAAAGACAAAAAAAAACUACACCCACCCUAAAACAACCUCACUUAAAAACAAAUACCCUUCAACAAUCAAACGAAUUACCAACCUUUCUACAUCUUUGCUCAAGUGUUAACACGUGUACUAUUUGAAUGGCAUUUGAACAUCAUCACUUUUAACUGUCAUAUAUACUUUUAGAGGCUUAAAGAUUCCAGAGAGAUUUGAACAGGGAGCUCUCACACCACGACACUAUAUACUUGAGGUAACGCAAACACACACACCAAGAAUGCUCAGUUUGGCAAAGUUGCACCAGGAGGAUAACUCCAAGAUGAGUGCCUUGAUCACAGGGUUUGUCGACUACAUCAAGAAGUUCACUUUGUUAGACCACAUUCUUCCAAAGGGCAACAGCAAUAGCAAGAACAAGACAGCAGAGGCUUCCAAGGACACAGCGGCUGUUGAAGAGAAAGCGGCGGCUGAGGAGACCAAAGCUGUAGAUGACAAGGUUAGUGUUGAUGAGACCAAACCUGGAGCGCUAUUCCCAUCUAAAAUUGUUUUGAAGAAUGACGACUUGUCAAAGUCAAGUGCUGUACCAUGCUCAACACAUGGCGGGGAAACUCUGAUGAAAAUUGAAAAUGAAGAUGGGACGAUAAGCUGGAAGAUGAACCCUGAGACAAGAGAUGGGUCGUCUAUGAUGACUUUCUCGAAUAUCACCUCACCUUUUAUGACAACGUCAGGAUUCCAAACGUUCUCCCCUAUGAGCAAUGCACAUAUCAUCACAGACUCACCAUCACCUUUCACAGCAGCUCUACCAAAGAAGAUUGAUACUCUGCAAUCUCCAGCACAUUCUGUGGAUUCUGAUUUACCAAACCCUGAGUUCUUUGACAUUGCUACACAGCCUAAUGGUCUUCGCACUGAAUACCAUGGAGAUGACGAGGAGGAUGGUGAACACUCCACCGGUGAUUCUAACGGUGAUUCUUACGGUGAAGCUAGCAGUUGUUCCAAGUCCAAGACCAAGAAGACUUACACUUGUGAGUUCUGCGGUGCCGAAUUCAGAAUCAGAGGUUACUUGACUCGUCAUGUCAAGAAACAUGCCAUCACAAAGGCGUACGAAUGUCCAUUCUAUGAAGAACAUUCUGAGAACAAAUGCCACCCUUCAGGAGGAUUUUCGAGACGUGAUACAUAUAAGACACACCUUAAAGCUCGCCACUUCAAAUACCCACAAGGUACUCGUUCACAGGACCGUGCGAACACAGGAGGUAAAUGUGGUAUUUGUAACAAAUACUACGAAUCCAACGAGGAGUGGGUUGAGAAACACAUUGAGAGUGGUGAGUGUGAAGGUCUUCCAGAGGGAUACACAGCCCGUGCCAAGAACUCUAGACGCAAGAACUUUGAAUAUCCAAACCCAGCACAGAUCAGCCCUGUGAGUUCGCAUUCAAACGAUUCUCCAUCAACUUCAGGAGAAUCGCCAGCUGUGAUACACCAACAGCUCAUAACACAGGAGUCUAUUGGCUUGUCAGAUGAGAUAGCGCGCAGUAAACAGCUGUCCUCAGCCUUGCAAUUCCCACAGAGAUACAACGAUUACGACAACAAUGAUGAGUUCUCUCUGGAUGUGGAACAGUCUAUGUCCUUCCGUCCAAUGAUGAGCCAGGAGUACUACUCAUGAUUAGUUGUUUGUCUUUAAUAUGUGUUUUUUUGGGGAAUUUGAAUUCAAUAGCUGUUGAAUAUGUCUUACUUGGGGAUGCUGGCCACUCUGAUAGUGGGAAAGUUGAUUAAUGGAGUCAGAGUGUUUUAUUUUGUUCUUGUUCUGUUCUUGUUCUGUUCUUGUUCUGUUCUUGUUUUGUUCUUGUUUUGUAUUUGGUUUGUCAAUGCAUGUUAAUAAUAGGUCAUGGUAUUUUUUAAUAUAUUUCAUAUUUCUAAAGACGGGCGUC